GCAACGCAUCCAGAAAACUGUUACGGUUCUCGCGCCAGUUGAAUUUGAUAAUCAUUUUCAGUAGUAGAAGUCGAAGUUCUGAUGCAUCGAUGUUUCAUGAUUCACAGUGCCAGUAAUCGGCGUUAUUUCCCCUUUCUUGUAGAGAAUUUUGUGGAUUUUCUGCAGUUUCUGGAAGAUGGCUUUGCUUUCCGCCCGUGUCACUGAAGUUAUUGUGAGGCAGUUAUCCAACAAUCCCUCAAGCAUUACGCAUGCUUACACAGCAGUAUCGAUCCUGUGUUGCCGCAGGAUUUCCACUUCUCAGCUGCUUUAUUCUAGCAAAGGAGGUUCCCCUAAGACGUCCAUACUAACUGUGCGGAGCCUGGGCGCUGCUUCCAAGAUUGUUCCUCGCGCAAUAAAAGUACACCUGGCAGAGCUUUGUACACCGAGACGUUUCUUAUGCGCAACUGUCUCCACAAUUCGUGCCAGAGAACCUUCCAGCAAUUUGGAGAAAGAGUUGAUGGAAUUAAGGAAAGAAGUACGUGAGAAUUUGAAGAAUAUGAACACGCUGAUGGAUGCAAGAGACACGGAGAUCGAGGCAAUGACUAGCUCCCAUCGUAUGCAGUUGGGCGAAAAGAACACUCAGAUUCUGUUUGUAUCGCGUGCUCUCCAUAUCCGAGGUGUUAUCGAUCAUUUGGAAGACGACUGGAUUGAAGAGUAUCAAUGGACAAAUAAACUGCCCAAAGGUUUACAUCCCCAUUUGCAAUAUAGAAAACACCUUGAACAGCAAAAUUAUGACAGCAAAUUUCCGAGCUUUGAUAAACGCGCGCAGCUCUGGAAAAUCUUGAAAGAACAUGGUGAUUUUAAAGAUCAGCUGAUGAAUGUUGCUAAUGAAGACGGGCAGAAAUUGAUUUCGAUGGACAUAUUUAAUCGUCUGGAGAAUUUGGUGGAGGAUAUAUAUCGGAAAACCGUCGACGAGGCUCAUAAUUUUCUUUUGAAUGGAGAUAGAGUGUGCAUCGAUUCCCGCUUGUUGUCUGCGGAUCAAGUUGUUGUGGCGGAAGCGCUGUGUCGGCUCUUUAAAGUUCGGUUCCGGAUAAUUAAAGGGCCGUCGGAGCCAGUGUGGUCGAGUUUGAAUGAGCGAACGAAAACCGCAGCCAAAGUAGUGCCGUGGAUUUAGCCAUCAUACUGGUCCAGAGCGGCAGAAUUUGGUGAGGAAUAUCGAGGACGAAGGUAGACUUCCGAGCUACUAAUGUCAAGUUAAAGCAGGUUGUGACUAAUUUCAUGUUGUUUUGAUUUGCGUCAAGUAUUUUGCGCUUAUAAUUGUUAGUUUCUUUUUUAAAAGGUUGGUAAAGAGGGUAUGCAAUGCAAAGUGGAGCAGCGAUAUUCUCAUUUGUUCCUUUCACUUGUCGCGGUGUGUCUGUAGAUUGUUUGGUCACGCGUUUCGUUAUUGGAAAUAAACUAUGUAAUUGGA